CCUCCUCCUCCUCCUCCUCCUCCUCCAACCGCAACUGUAACUGCUCUCUCUCUCUCUCUCUCUCUCUCUCUCUGAUAUCCUCUUAAAUCAAACCAAACAAUCCUUAGGCACCGAAACCCGAAAUAAAGAGAUGCCUUCAAACGAGAACGAAGAUGAUCAAAACAUAGCUGAAGCAGGACAAGGCGACCUCGACGAAGAAGAAAGCGAAGAAUAUGAAGAUGAAGACCUAACCAAGGACGACGACGACGACGAAGAAGAAGAAGAAGAAGACGAAGACGAAGACGAAGAAGAUCUCAACUCUCCUCCUUCCACUGUUUCCUCCUCCGGAGACACCACCACCAAGGACGCCCUUCAAAAUUCCGCCACCGCCGCCGCCGCCGCCACCACCACCAGCGCCGUCGACGGAACCACUAACGGUACCGUUCCCGAACCACCACCUUCCGAAAUUGCCACAUCCCUACCCGACCUCACAAUCACUCAACCCGUCUCGGCCACGGCUGAAGAAAAGAAGCCUUCAACCACCAUCGAAGACUCUCGUCGUCUCUUCCAGCGCCUAUGGACCGACGAGGAUGAGAUCGGUCUUUUGCAGGGCUUCCUCGAGUAUACAACCCAACGACGGACCCAUAACUCGUCGCACCACCACGACACCGCCCCGUUCUAUGACCAGAUCAAGAGCCGGUUGCAGCUCGACUUCAACAAGAACCAGUUAGUCGAGAAGCUUCGGCGACUAAAGAAGAAGUACAGGAACGUUGUUAACCGGAUCAGCUCCGGAAAGGACUUCGCCUUCAAGAGCCCCCACGAUCAGGUCACGUUCGAGAUCUCCCGCAAGAUCUGGAGCAGCGUGGCCUGUGGAGCUGGUACUGGUGGCGUUGAAGAAGCCGGAUUGGAUGACGAAGAAACAAACCUUCCCAACCACAAGAAUAAUAGCAAUAGAAACCCUAACGAGGUUAAUAACAGUGGUGUUGAUAAUGAUGCUGAUGCGAAUGACUCGGAAAAGAAGGGUUCGAGGCCUCGGAAACGAAGGAAGAGAGGUGCAGAGGAGAACGUGUUGAAUUGUAGGGCCAACUCUGCCAUGCCGAAUAUUGUUGAAGAGACGGUGAGGAGUUGCCUCUCGCCGCUGUUUAAAGAGCUGCUGUAUUGCGCAGUUAACGGACACUCAAAUGGAGGAGGGUUCGGAGGUCUCGGAGGGGUGGCGUUGAAUCCGUUACCCCUUAAUUUUGGGGGGGUUGCGAUGAGCUUCUCCAAGGGGGAGGUGGUGGACGAGAAGUGGAGGAAACAGCAAGUCUUGGAGUUGGAGGUGUAUUUGAAGCGUAUUGAGCUGGUGCAGGAUCAGAUUAAGGCGGCGAUAGAGGAAUUGAAGGCAAUGGAGAGUUGACUUGACGGAAAGUUUUCUGUGGCUACUGGUCUGCUGUGUACCUGCUGAAAGUGGAGAAGAGGCAAGAGGAGAAUAGUUAUGAGAAGUCUGACUUUAUGGUAAAUCAAUUGUAGCAUCUUUAUACUUAGUUUUUUUUUUCUGUUGAUCCAAUCCUUUGUUUUUUAAAAAGCAUUGUAGUGUUUUUUUUCCCCCUUGUACUACCUUAUUCUUGCUCUUUGCCUUGUUCCAAGAAAUGUUGUUUAUGAACAACAAUCGGCUUGCUCUUGUCCAAUAAAAAGGCACCUUACUUAAAUAAGAUCUCUUUCUCUUCUGUAUCAGUAUUCUCUCUGCUGCAAAUUAAAAUAUGUCUAUGCAUAGUAGGCUCACUUUCUUCAAAAUGUUACCUUUCAUGUUGAACUAAUUAAAUACAAAAUCGACUUUAAACACAUUUUGAAUUUAAUUCCAUUUUCUAUUUAACAUAAUCAGAUAAUUGGCCAUCUUCCUUGUAGCAAGAAGCUUAUUACUUGUGUAGACAAAUUUUCUUGUUUUAGCAGUUUUGACAGACUAAUUAGGUUCAUUUUUUUUCAUUAUCCCAAUUGCCACCUUCUUAUUAGACUGUCAAAAGGAAAAACUCUUUAUAACUGAAAAAACAAACACAUUAGAAAUAAGUAUAUUAAUGCAGCCCUUAGUUGAUUGAGAUUUGAUAUCAGGAAGGAGAGAGGCGGCUAGUGAUCAUUGGGUUAAGUUUGAAUAUAGUAAGGUGUAAGGGGUUAACGUUUAAACUGGUUCUAAGGGGUCAAUAGUUAUAAGGUCAAAAAUAAAAAGGGAAGAGAGAGAGAGAGAGAUCAGUAUUUAGAGGACAUGAUUAAUUGACAAUACUUGAGAAAAUUUUAGUUAGAGCUAUUAAAUAAUGAAAGGAUCUAAAUUUGUUUAAAACUUGUUUGGUUGAUUUACUUGAAAGAGUCUAGGGCUUGGAUGGAUCUAAAUUUGUUUAAAACUUAUAAAUAGUCUUAGAGGACACUUGCUAAGUACAAAAAAAGUCCAAGAGAAAAUAAUAUAAUCAAGAUAAAUUGUGGUUAGAAAUUGACGAUUCAACAAUUACUCAAUAGAAUGAGAUUGCCGGGGCCUCAGUGCAACAUUUUAAAUCUAUUUUUAGAAGACCCUUGAAUGGUAUGGUGUGGGUUGAAGGAUUGGAGUGGCCAAGGUUAGGAUUAGAGGCAAGGGUAUGG